AUGUUCACCGCACGAGGUUUCGCUCGCUUUUCGCGACGAACUGCAAGCGCCGCUAGGGCAAGCACUGCCUUCUUUGCGAGGUCUAGUGCUUUGCAGUUUCGCAAUUAUGUAGCAGAACCAAAGCAGGCCACUGGGCACAUUCGUUCGGUGAUUGGUGCUGUCGUUGAUGUUCAGUUUAAUCAGGAUACCUUGCCUCCUAUAUUAAAUUCUUUAGAAGUGCUUGACCACAAAGGUGGUCGUCUUGUAUUGGAAGUGGCUCAGCACUUGGGCGAGAAUACCGUUCGUACCAUUGCUAUGGAUGGCAAGUUUUCAAUUAUUCGUACGGAAGGAUUGGUUCGUGGCCAGAAAGUUCUCGAUACUGGGAGCCCCAUCAGCAUUCCAGUUGGUCCAGAAUGCUUAGGUCGUAUUCUCAAUGUCAUCGGCGAACCGAUAGAUGAGCGUGGACCAGUAAACACAAAAAAAAAGGCUGCCAUUCAUACUGACCCCCCAGAGUUUGUGGAUCAGUCGACUACGCCUGAAGUUUUGGAAACUGGUAUUAAAGUCGUAGAUUUACUAGCCCCUUAUGCCCGAGGUGGUAAAAUUGGUCUUUUCGGUGGUGCCGGUGUUGGUAAAACAGUAUUGAUUCAAGAACUUAUUAAUAACGUUGCCAAGGCACAUGGUGGUUACUCUGUGUUUACUGGUGUUGGCGAGCGAACACGCGAAGGUAAUGAUUUGUAUCAUGAAAUGAUAGAAACUGGUGUCAUUAAACUCGAUGGCGAGUCAAAAGCUGCGCUCGUGUUCGGACAAAUGAAUGAGCCACCAGGUGCUCGUGCUCGUGUUGCUUUGACUGGAUUGACAAUUGCUGAGUAUUUCCGUGAUGAGGAAGGCCAAGAUGUAUUACUGUUUAUCGAUAACAUCUUCCGCUUCACACAAGCUGGUUCGGAAGUGUCCGCCUUGUUGGGGCGUAUUCCUUCGGCCGUAGGUUACCAACCGACCUUAGCUACUGAUAUGGGUAGUAUGCAAGAGAGGAUUACUACUACAAAGAAGGGAUCUAUUACAUCUGUACAAGCUGUAUACGUACCUGCUGAUGAUUUGACAGAUCCGGCUCCCGCUACGACCUUUGCCCAUCUUGACGCUACAACUGUCUUGUCUCGUCCUAUCGCUGAAUUGGGUAUCUAUCCCGCGGUCGACCCUCUUGAUUCUAAAUCACGUUUAUUAGAUCCACGUAUUGUGGGUGAAGAACAUUAUGAAAUAGCUACCAAAGUACAGAAGAUUCUCCAAGACUACAAAUCUCUUCAAGACAUUAUUGCUAUUCUGGGUAUGGACGAACUGUCAGAAGAGGACAAGAAAGUUGUCGAGCGAGCGAGAAAGAUCCAGCGUUUCUUGAGUCAACCCUUCCAAGUAGCUCAUGUCUUCACUGGUUUUGAAGGAAAACUCGUCUCAUUAAAGGAUACCAUUCGAUCGUUCAAAGAAAUUUUGGAUGGCAAGUGCGAUGAUCUGCCAGAUAACGCUUUCUAUAUGGUUGGUGAUAUUGAUGAUGCCAGGAAGAAGGCUGAAGCCAUUGCAAGAGAGCUCUCUGCAUAA